AUGAUAGAACGUCUUCGGAUACCACUGAUAGAUGCGGAUAAAGUAGCUCGAGAAGUAGUCGAGCCCGGCAAACCCGCCUACAAUCAAAUAGUAAAACACUUUUCGCGUGAUAUACUACUGGAGAAUGGCACACUCGAUCGAGCGAAGCUGGGAGACAUUAUAUUCGCAGAUGAAUCGAAACGGAAAAUCCUGAAUAAAUGCACGCAUCCAUAUAUUUAUCGGUCGAUAAUGAAGUCGUUGAUGUGGUAUUGGUUUAUUGGAGAACGAAUGGCGGUGUUGGACUUGCCAUUGUUGAUUGAAGGUGGUUAUCAUAAGUACCUAAGCUCUAUCAUUGUUGUAUAUUGUGAUCCUCGUCAUCCACGUAGUUCCGAACAAUUACAACUAACGCGACUUAUGAAGCGAGAUAAUCUAUCGGAGAACGCGGCACGACAAAGAAUGGCCGCCCAAAUGCCAUUGAAAGACAAAGUACAUUAUGCCGACUAUAUCAUUGAUAAUUCAGGCGAGCUGCAGGAAACGGAGCGACAGGUGAUAGGAGUGAUGAAAAAAGUUCAACCAAAGUUAUGGCAUUGGUUGGCUUCUUGGUUGGGACCGCCGGUCGCACUAGGAAUUAUAAUUAUGGCACUUUUUCCGAAAUGA